AACGCGGCUUGGCAUCCAGUUGAGACCAUUGAGACGGAUCAGUUCGCCGAUAAUGUCCAAAUACACGAAAUUGGCUCGAGGCAUUUGCGAUGUGCUGCUUUGGGGCGCGUUGACAGCGGCCAGUUUGCUGCUCAACAGGUUGGUGAAGCCCUUCAAGCGUGGCUUCUUCUGCGGCGAUGAGUCACUCGGCUAUCCGUUCCGGGAGAGCACAAUUGGCACUGCUUUGGUCAUUGGUAUCACGCUCGCCGUGCCCACAGCCGUCAUCAUUGUCGUGGAGCUGUUCAAGCAGUUGCCACUGCCCGGUGGCCGGGAGAAACGUGAGACUGGCUGCCGUUUGUCGCAUCGUCUGGGGCAGGUGUACAGGCAGGCAGGGUAUUAUCUGUUCGGUCUGGCCAUGCUCACGUUUGCGACGCUGCUGACAAAGCUGUGCAUUGGCCGGCUACGUCCGCAUUUCUAUGCCGUCUGCCAGCCGAUGUUGAGCGAUGGCACCGACUGCGAGGCGCCACAGAAUGUGGGACGCUACAUCGAUGGCUAUGUGUGCAGCAAUGCGAACAUGACGGACUUUCAGUACGAGCAACUGAAUCAAUCGUUUCCCAGCGGACACGCCAGCAUGAUGAUGUAUGCGAUGCUCUACCUGGCCAUCUAUCUGCAGGCGGCGCUCAGCACACGCAUCUCCAAGCUGCUCAAGCAUCUGCUGCAGUUCCUCUUCGUCAUGUUCGGCUGGUAUGUGUCGCUCACCCGGAUUACGGACUACUGGCACCACUGGUCCGAUGUCCUCGCUGGCAUCAUCUUUGGCGUGAUCUUUGCCUGGCUGACGAGUGUCUAUGUUGCCGAUCUGUUUGCCUUCAAGCGCUGCAAUCGGACCGGUUACUCCGCAAACACACUGAUGAAGAAGCCACAGGUCUCACCCAAGAGCUCCACCAAAUCCCAAUCGAAUGCGGCAGCGGCGGCGGCAGCAGCAGCAGCCGUUGUGGCAGCCAACAAUGGCUUGCAACCCGCCCUGCCCGCCUACACAUUUGGCACCCUGCCCUAUCUGCCAGCGCAUCCGGCGCAGGCGCAAUACGCCCAAACCUAUCACAACUACGGCUAUGUGCCCUGAGCUCAAGGAUCGGGGAUGUGUUGAUCGCUUGAGGCAGGUGCUCUCGUAGAACUCCUCUAUGAAGCCUCAAAAACAAAAUGAAAGAAAAUCUGUUUUUUAUUAGCAUUAGGCAUUCGAAUCAAUAUUAUAUUGUUAAUAAUAAUAAGUAAAAACAAA